AUGGCUGAUACCAAGUCCAUUAACGGCAGCGAAGCGACUCCUGCCGCUGGUCGCGUCGGUGCUUGGACCGAUGCUGAGCGUUUCCAGCUUGUCCUCCGCGUUCUCGCGACCGUGCUUCCCGACGGCAAGGGAGUUGACUGGAAGAACGUCAACAUGGAGGGCCGCACUCUGAAGGCCCUGCAGGGCCAGUGGACUGCUAUCAUCGCUCAGAUGCGUGAGAUCAACACCGGCGAGAACGGAGAGGCCGCUGCCCUCAAGCCGAAGACCCCCCGCAAGACUGCUGUCAAGAAGAAGGCUGCCACUGCCGCCGAGGAUGGCGAGGAGGCCAACGGCGACCAGGAAGGCAGCGAGGAGACCAAGCCGGUGACUCCCAAGAAGCGCGCUGCGGCGACCAACGCUGAUGGCACUCCGAAGAAGCGUCGUACCCCUGCCAAGAAGGCAGCCCAGGCCAAGGCCGAGGCCGAGGAGGCUCAGGAAACUGAGGCUGAGGCUAAGGUUGAAGCUGAUUCUGAGACCCAGGUCGAGACCAAGGAUGAGAAGGAUGGCGAGCAGUAG